AGGCACAAGGAGGAGGAGGAGGAGGGGCAGAGAGAAAGAGAGUGCAGGAACGGGACAAGUUGGAGUGGUCUGAGGAGAGAGAGAAAGGAAGGAUCAGCAGAGAAUGCGGAGGCCAUGCUCUCUGCCAGAACACGAGGUGCUUCGAGGUAAGGCCCAGAGCAGCAACUCAGUCAGAGAUGAGCGUGAGGAGCAGUGGAGGAAUGGAGAGCUCAGAGAGCAAGACGCAGGAGGCCAUCUGGAAGCCAGCUUUGUGGGAGGGCACACCGCAGUACGACUAUGUCUGCUUUGAGAAAUGCACCCGUUACGGGAUACCCGUGGAGGCAGGACAGCAGGCCCGGGCCACAGGGGACGACCUGCGCUCCCCGGAGAACUCGCCCAGCUACCCACAGCUGUAUGGCCGAUACACAGACCGGAUAACAGAUAACAUUUCAGACCAGGAAGCAGCAAAACUGCUGAAGAAACAGGCCCAAAGGAACAAUGGAAGACCCCUGAAACGUGACAGUCAAGUACAGAUCAAAGAAGAGCACUAUUCCAAAUGCCAAGACUGUGCUAAACGCAUCCAGAAAUAUGUUACCAAGAAGCUUGGAGAGGACUGGAUUUUCUUGGUUCUGUUGGGUCUGGUCAUGGCGUUGGUGAGCUGGGGAGUGGAUUAUGCCAGUGCAAAGACCGGUCCUUUUGUGCAUAUUGCCAGUAUCUGUGCUGUGGUACUCAGCAAGUUCAUGUCGAUCUUCUGUGGGGUGUAUGAGCAGCCCUAUUAUUACACGGAUGUCCUGACUGUGGGGUGUGCUGUGGGUGUUGGCUGCUGCUUUGGGACACCGCUUGGAGGGGUUCUUUUCAGCAUCGAGGUCACCUCCACUUACUUUGCUGUGCGCAAUUACUGGAGAGGCUUCUUUGCAGCCACCUUUAGUGCCUUCGUGUUCCGAGUCCUGGCUGUCUGGAACAAGGAUGCAGUUACCAUCACAGCCCUGUUCAGAACAAACUUCCGUAUGGAUUUCCCCUUUGAUCUGCAAGAGCUGCCAGCAUUUGCUAUAAUAGGCAUAUGCUCUGGAUUCCUUGGAGCCUUUUUUGUUUAUCUCAAUCGCCAAGUGGUCCUGGGCAUCCGACGUCAUAAAGCCCUGAGCCAGUUUCUCACCAAAUACCGACUGAUAUACCCUGCAGUUAUAACCUUCUGUAUAGCGUCUGUGACAUUUCCUCAUGGAUUUGGGCAGUUCAUGGCAGGAGAGUUGAUGCCACGGGAAGCCAUCAGCACUCUCUUUGAUAACUAUACCUGGAUCAAACACUCUGGGGACACCCAGAUCCUAGGGAAAUCUGCUGCCUGGGUCCAUCCUAAAGUCAGCGUCUUUGUCACCAUCCUGCUCUUCUUCCUCGUGAAGUUCUGCAUGGCUGUUAUUGCCACCACGAUGCCAAUCCCCUGUGGAGGUUUCAUGCCUGUUUUCGUACUAGGUGCUGCAUUUGGACGUCUCAUUGGGGAAAUCAUGGCAUCACUUUUUCCCAACGGGAUCCUCUUUGAUGACAUUCUCUACCAAAUCUUACCUGGAGGGUAUGCUGUCAUUGGUGCAGCAGCUUUGACGGGAGCAGUGAGCCACACUGUCUCCACCGCUGUCAUCUGCUUCGAGCUGACGGGUCAGAUCUCUCACAUCCUGCCCAUGAUGGUGGCUGUCAUUCUUGCCAACAUGGUGGCCCAGAGUUUGCAGCCCAGCCUCUAUGACAGCAUCAUCCAGGUGAAGAAGUUGCCCUACCUGCCAGACCUGGGCUGGAAUCACAUAAGCAAAUACAAUAUCUUUGUUGAGGAUAUUAUGGUCCAAGAUGUGAAAUUUGUUUCCUCCAACUGUAAAUACCGAGACUUGCAAGAGGUACUCCAAAGCACCACAGUGAAAUCUUUGCCUUUGGUGGACUCGCCAGAGUCCAUGAUCCUCCUGGGGUCCGUGGAGCGGUCGGAACUGCAGGCUCUCCUCCAGACACACAUCAGCCCAGAGCGGCGACGGCUCCUCAACAGAGAAAUGCAGCAGAAGCUGAAUGAGGCACCCUACGAUGGACCCUGGGCAAACCUGCCCAAGCUGAAGCACGAAUCUUUUGCUUAUGUCGAUGAGGAUGAGGAUACAGAGGAGAAGGGAGAGCUGCCUCGGCCUCCAAGUCCCACUCCCAGUUACCCAGAGGAGCCAAAUGGCCCAACAAGUCCUCUUAAACAAAUGCCUGAAAGCUUGGAGCCCCAGCAACACUCAGGCAGUUUCAGGAGUCUGAGGAAACUGAUCCAGCAGCUCUUGUGCCAUUGCAGCCAUCCACAUGAAACAGAGAGCACCAUCCAGGAGCCAGUGGAAGUCAUUGAGACAAUGACACCAGAAGAGAUAGAUGCUUGGGAACAGGAGGAGCUGAACAAGAGCGUGUGCUUUGACAGCUGCCGUGUAGAUCCCUCCCCUUUCCAACUGGUGGAGAGAACUUCCCUGCACAAGACGCACACAUUGUUCUCACUGCUGGGCCUCAGCCAUGCCUACGUAACCAGCAUGGGGAAGCUGAGGGGAGUGCUGGCUUUGGAAGAGCUCCAGAAGGCGAUAGAGGGUUCCACCCGCUCUGGGGUUCGUCUCCGACCACCCCUUGCCAGCUUCCGCGACAUCAACCGGACUUCCAUCAGCACCAAGGUGGGGCAGGACGCUCAGGCGUGGAGCCGGGAAGACGACGGCACGGUGGCAGCAGAGCAAGCAGCAAACCUGGGCACUGAGAGCCCUCUGCCCCCCUGCUCACACUCCCCCCAGCCCUCACACUCACAGGAAGAGGGGGAAGUCCCCAGCUCCGCUUAUGCCACGGAUACUGAGCUGGAAGAGAUGGAGCUGACAGGGCGAGUUGCUGAAAACAUCUCAGACAUCCUCAAGGACAUAAACCUACGUACCACUGACCUGGAUGAAGAUGAAGAUGAGGAUGAGGAUGUUCCUUUAUAGUUGAUGUGAGGGUAGCAGUCCAUGACACUCUUCAGUGAGCCAGUCUUCUUGUGUUUGCUCCUCCAAGAGAAGCUUUUGGAUGCUCUUUGCAAUCCCCACAGAGGAAUGAUACAGCUGGGAGGAGGGAAAUCAGACUGACCCUUUCUUCUGAUGCUUUCCCUCUGUGCAGACUGUUGGGCUGCUGGACUAUUGGGGCACGUGCAGGUGUCAGAUGUGGACUGCAAGGAGCCCGAGUGCAGGCAGAGCACACUGUAACAGGACAUGGAUACUGCUGACACAGUCAGGAUGCCCUGGCUCAAUCUGCCAUGUGGAAAGUGGAGGAGGAUCAGCUCUCACUCGCCACUGGUGCCGUCCUUCCAGCCACACCAGGCCUGCAGGCAGCAGUGUACCACAGCCAGACCUCCAGCCUAGAAGCAUACUGCUGCUUCUGACUGCCACCCUGUCCAUGCUGCUGCAGCUCCUUUUCACUGGCUCUUAUCUUGCACCCCUCCCCAAACAUUCCCAUGUAGAACAUUUUUAUUCUUUCUCAAUUUUUACUCUGGGAUUUUCCUGGAUGGGGAUGCAGUUAGGAGCUUCUCCUCUGUCCUAUAGCUGAGCCAUGCCCUAAGAACAGAUGGGAGGAAAGUAUUUGGUGUACGUCUCAUGUCUUGAAUUCAGCCAAGGCUUUAGAAAACACUGGAAGGGAAAAAAGCUUCUUUGUUUUCCCAUCAUCUCUGAAAUUUUAAAACAGAAUGGGAAAAUCUUAAGUGAGGGCAUCCUCAGUGCUGGGGGAAGAGGAGUAAAACAGCAUCUGUGUACCUAUAUUUCAAAUAACUGUUUGUCUCUCUGAAUCACUGUUCAUAACUUUCCACAGUUAUAGUCUUAAAAUAUAAGAACUCAAGAAAAAAAAAAAAAUUAUGGAGUGUUAGCAGGCUGCCAAGAAAUACAGCAGAGGGAAGACACAUUUUCUACACUUUGAAAACAGGUUUCUUUCUGAAAACUCCUGCUCUCUUUUCCUGGUAAUUCUACCCUGCCUACUUUCCACAUAUUUCUGCAUACCUCAUAUCUGAGAAUUCCAGCUCUCACUUUUGCCAGCUUGUCUCUGUUGUGACUAACAGCAGAGACCUCAACCCUUGUCUGCAGCAUCCCUCUCUAUUCCAGUUCUAAAUCUGGAGCAGAUCUGCAUCUUGCAAAAAGAUGUCUUGUCAGUUCGUGUCAUGCAUGCAAAACCUUGGCAUCCAAAGGUAAGAUGCUGCUUUGUUUAAUUCACUGCUCUUGUGAGGUUUUCUCAGUAAACAGGCAAAACCAAAUUCUGUGUAUUCUGCAGCUUCUUCUAACAGUCUACAUCUUUUUUCUACCAUAUUUUUGGUGUCUCGUACCACUUAGAUGCAGUCCCAAGCAGCCUAUUAGACGUGUUUCCACUUAUCAACAACAGAGAAGAAAUCCAGGCUCAGAAAAUACGUUCUUGGGGGUAAUCUCAUUCCCCUUCCUGGUAUUAGUAAACCAUUAUCCAUCUUAGAGUGACAAGUUCUACUUUAACAUGUGAUUUUCUAUAAGCUGUCUCAGGAGCAAGUCAAAAAUAUCAUUACUUCUAACCCAGUCUCCAAAGGAAAAUUCCCUCCUGGCUUUAAUUCCAAGGAUUGACCUUGCACCAAUUUCUCUCUGAUGAUGCUUAUGGGUGGGAGAGUCUGUGACAAGCUUACAGUAGAAGGAAAUCUUCCCUGCUAGUCUCUUGCAGAGAGACAAAUUCAUUCUUGCCGUCUGGAGUUCAGAGCCCACCACGUCUGUUGUGUUUUAGGCACAAGAUCACCCUUGAUAAGCUAACUGGGGACAGCCUUCCCUGCCUCAAUGAUGGUCUGUCCUCCGGGAGCCACCCUGUCCUUGUGAGGAGACAGUGCUGAUCUGAGGGCAAGUCCCAGAGGGGCACGUUUGUGUCUGCCAGGCAUCAGCACGGCCUCCCCU